AUGCAAGUGCUACGGUGGACCUUCAUGCUCAUAACACUGUGCGGAUGUCGGCGUCUACCUUUUUGGAACUCAACACCCUGGCGGUACAUCUACAGUGCGUACACAGGGACGUGUUUCAUAACGACGAUUCUCGCCCUUGUCGGUGGGAUUCUGGACCUAGCUCUCACUGUUGACAACCGGAACGAUCUCACCGAGAAUUUGUUCAAAACCAUGUCCUUCGCUAUCGACUGCUUUAAAAUGACCAGCAUGCUGAUCAUGAGGGAGAACUUAGGAACACUGAUGAACACCCUUCAAUCGGCGCCGUUCGCACCUGUGGGCGCCGAGGAGCUGGAAAUACAGAAGAACUUUCACAAAUCGGCUGAGCAAACCGGGAAGGUCUAUACGGCCGCCCUUGAGGUUUGGUCAGCAUGGACGGUGUUGGUGACGCUGCUGAUGAACUUUGCCAGCAGAAAAUUACUGUACCGCGUCUGGCUUCCCUUCGAGUAUAACUCGGCAACAAUAUACUCCUUGGUCUACCUGCACCACGCACUAACAACCGUGAUCUGCGUAACUGCGGUGGUCGCAUAUGAUACCCUAUUCACCGGGCUGAUGAUACAAAUAUACUCUCAGUUCGAGAUACUCCGGCAUCGCCUGCGAAACGUUCACAGGAACGAGAACGAUUUAGUCAAACAUUGUGCCCGUCAUCAUGAUCACAUCUACAAGUUCGCUAACAUGGUGAACAACGAAUUCAGAGCUGUUAUGUUCAUACAGUUCGUCCAGAGCACCGCCGUUCUGUGCUUCGGCCUCUAUCAAUUGACGAUGUCGGAACUUGACGGCAAUCUAGCUGACAUUGCCUUUUACAUUACUUGUUUGCUUCUUCAGAUUUUCUACUUCUGUUGGUUUGGGAACGAGGUCAAGUUGAAGUCCAGUCAGCCGGUUCAUAUCCUCAGAACAUGUCCGCAAAGUUUCUCUUUGCAGAGUCUCGAGGUGCCCGACAUGAUCUUCGAAAUCGAAUGGACCACGCUGAGCAACAAGACGAAGAAGAUACUUCUGAUGAUGAUGCGUCGAGCUACAGUGCCGAUAGAAUUCACCAGCCUCCACAUCGUCUCCGUCAACGUCGAGACUUUCAAGGCGUAUGCUAACGAAAGAAAAUAUUUGUUCGAGGAAAACUUGCAGCAGAACGUGAUUCGUUGUCUAAGGCCAUGCACCUGGACAUCAUCGCUCAAGAAAUAUUUGUAUUCGGUGUACUCGGCCAUAAUAACCAGUCUCCUGCUGUCUGCAUUGCUAUCGCAUACUCUCGACAUAGUAUUCAACGUCCAAACUCAGGAAGAUCUCAGUGACAAUAUUAUCAUCACGGUCUCUGUGGUUGGAGGUGCAUGCAAGAUGUACACCUUCUUAGUGAAUAGAGACAAUAUCAUGAUCCUGAUAAGGGCUUUGCGGAGAAAGCCGUUCAUGCCUGUAAAUGAGGAAGAGAUGAACAUCAAGAUGAGAUUCGACAAAGUAAUCGAGGAGAAUGCAAUUCAAUUCAUGUGGCUGGUUCAGGCCACCAUGAUGCUGGUGUGGGUCAGCACACCGGUCAUGGAAGCAAAGAACCGAAAAUUACCAUUUCGCGCAUGGAUACCGUAUAAUUAUUCCUCUGCGACGCUGUACAUGGUGACGUACCUUUAUCAAUACGUGACUUUGACAUUGGAUACGAUGAUGCACAUUGGUUGUGACUCUCUGUUCAGCGGGUUGUUGAUCUGCGUGUAUUGUCAGCUGGAGAUUCUCAAGCAUCGCCUGCAAAAUAUUAAGAAUGACCAGAAUAGGUCGGCGAACGUAUGCGCUUUCCACCAUCAUCAGAUAUACAUCUUCGCUUCAAAGUUGAGCAGAAGCUUUCGCAUAAUUCUGUGCUAUCAACUCGUGGCAACCGUGUCAAUGGUCUGCUUCAGCAUUUUUCAACUGACGCAGGCGCGACUGAAUGGAAAAGCAGUUGAACACGUUAUGUUCAUGAUUUGCGUACUGAUACAGCUGUUUUACUACUGUUGGUACGGGAACGAAGUUAGGCGAAAGAGCUUGGAAGUCCCUGACAUGAUCUUCGAAAGCAACUGGAUAAAUUUAGACAACGAGACUAAGAAGGUUCUUUUAGUGAUUAUGCUACGAGGGUCAUUUCCCAUGGAGUUCAAAAGCGCUCAUAUUAUAACCGUGAAUCUGGAGUCGUUCAUGGCGGUGAUCAAGACUUCUUAUUCGGUGUAUAAUCUGCUCAAAUAA